GUGAAAAUAAGAUGCAUAGGUAAGCAGUAAAACCAUCAUAUCUCGAUUUAUCUGGUUUGAGCUAUGCUGGAGCUGUUCCGAUAAGGAAGGUAUAAGCACCCAUCGUCACUGACCAGUAGCUGUAACCUUAUGAGCGCCUUCCCUUUGACAUUGAAGUAAUAAGAUUUCGCAUUGAAGCAACACUUAAUCGGCAUUGUUGUUGAUUUCAUUCACCUCUGCAUCCUAAUAGAAGCGAACAACUAUGAGCGUCCAAGAGUAUCGCCAACACCGGCGUGACUGCAAGCGCAAACAAUCAGAACGGAAAUCCAAGAUAUCCGCCCUCCCCUCAAGCUACCUAUACCCUCUCUACCCGCACGAGCGCACGAUACUCGGAAAGCCGAUCCAAGACCUCGUACAAGAUGUGCACGCGCAGAUCACCGACCCCAUCGACAUCCUACGCGCGUACGGGAAAGUGUGCUUGAAGGCCCACGAGAAGACGAAUUGCGUGACGGAGAUACUGUUUCCCGAGGCGGAGGAGUGGGCAAAGUGGGAGGUUGAUCUGAAGGGCCCGCUGGCUGGGAUACCUGUGUCGCUGAAGGACUCGAUACAGGUGAAGGGGUUCGAUGUCUCGGUUGGGUUCUCAUGCAAUACUGGGAAACCUGCCGCUGAGGAUGGGCCCAUGGUGAGGCUUUUGAAAGAUGCUGGUGCGGUCCCUUUCGUGAAGACCAAUCUCCCUACCACGCUUCUAUCGUUCGAAUCUACCAACGGCGUCUGGGGACGCACGUUGAAUCCACACAAUGCCAAAUACUCACCGGGAGGUUCGACGGGCGGAGAGUCUGCAUUGCUCGCGUUCGGGGGUAGUAGGAUUGGAAUCGGUUCCGACGUCGCUGGUUCGGUGCGCGUUCCUGCCCAUUUCUCGGGCUGCUACUCGCUCCGUUGCUCCACGGGGCGGUGGCCCAAGAUCGGUAUGAACACCAGCAUGCCUGGGCAGGAGGCCAUCCCCAGUGUGUUCAGCCCCAUGGCUAGGACGAUGAAUGAUCUGAGUUAUUUCACCAAGAGCUUGAUCGGGAUGCAGCCUUGGAAGUACGACUAUACGGUCCAUCCACUUGAGUGGAGGGAACACAUCGCGGAGGAGUACAGGAUAAAGGAGAAGCUGCGGAUAGGCGUCAUGCGAACAGAUGGAGUCGUAGAUCCAGCGCCUGCAUGUGCCCGUGCCUUGGACAGCGUCGCGGAAGCGCUCGUCCAGGAAGGGCAUGAUGUGUUUGACGUGACUCCGCCGUCUCCGUACGAAGCCCUUUAUCUAGCCUCUCAGUUGCUUCUCAGUGAUGGCGGCGCGACAUUCAUGAACUUCUUCCGUUUUGGCGAAUGGAACGAUCCCGGUGCGGCGCAAAUGGUGUACUACAUGCGUCUCCCACGAGCGAUCAAGUACCUCUACUACCUGUGGGUAAAGUAUGUCCGUCGGGAUAGUAUCUGGGCUGGUUUACUGCGACACUGGUACCCAAAAUCCGCGCACGAAUACUGGCAACUUGCGUACAAGCGCGAGGCAUACAAGGCCAAAUUCUUCGAUUGGUGGUCAGACGUUGCGAAGAUGGACGCCAUGAUAACCCCACCCAAUGCGACGCCCGCGGUACCUCAUAAUGGAAUGCACGAUGCUGUCAGUAGCUGUGGCUAUACGUUUCUCUUCAAUCUGUUGGACUAUACUGCCGGCGUCAUUCCUGUCACACACGUCGAUCCCGUCAAAGACCAGCUGCCGGCGAGUUUCAACUUCCAGAAGCUGAACGGCGUUGCGAAAGGUGCGUACAAGCACUACGACGCGGAGAAGAUGGCGGGCCUCCCCGUUGGAGUACAGGUCGUUGGGCGACGUCUGGAAGAGGAGAAGGUCCUCGCAAUCAUGGAGCGCGUGGAAGACUCGCUUGAUAGACACGGCGGUGGGCGAUACGAACUGUUGGAAGUUGAGUGA